AUGAAUUUUCUUGGACUUGGCAACCUGGCCACGAAAAGCAAAAAGUCCACCGCCAAAGGCAAAAAGAGUAGUAGCAACGGCACUGGUUCGGGGCGGGUGCGGGUGCGGGUGCCGAUCCCGCGCAUCGAGGAGCAACCGGGAGAAUCUCGGGCGAUCAUCGCCCCACCCGCCUUCCCCGGACACGUCACUGCCCCAACAAUCUUCGCCCCCACUGCCUGCGUCGCCUUCGGCCGACUCAUCUACGCCUCCGUCCGGCCCACCUCCGGCUCCGUCACGCCCACCUCCGCCUACACCUCCGUCCGGCGCAUCUCCUCCACACGGUCCGCCUACCUCCACCUCACGUCCGCCUCCGCACGAUCCAACUCUGGCUCCCUCCAGCCCACCUCCGUCUGCGCCCGACCCACCUGCGCCACGCCCAGCGGAGUCUACUUGGGAGCCUCGAACUCCGCCAGAGACUCAUCUCUCUUCCGCAGAACCUGA